AUGCAGGCGGUGUGUGAUGGAGCUGCGAGUCAUUACGUGAUUCGAUUGGGAGGGACGACCGUGCGAUGGGCUGAACAACAAGUGGCGAAAAAACGAGUGAAGCGGAAUGCUGUGCCAAAGCCCCAGCAGGACUACUAUCAGUCUGGGUAUUACUCUUCGCGUCGAUGCCUUCCCAUGGAUAGAACAGGAGAUCAAUCUUUAAACAGGACUCCGUUAUUCAUUGGAGUUCUGCCUGUGUUUCGACGCAAAAUUUCUCAGUUGGUUGCGUCGCGAUGA